AUGCUUGACAACAACAAGCAAACUGCACAUGUGGAAGAUGUUCUUUAUGCAAAAGACAAAGGAAAAUAUAAUUCUUAUUCCAAGCAUUCUUCAGAUGACAGCAAACACUCCAAGACUGAAGGGCAGUCCAAUGGUAAUACAAAUAGAUGUUUUAGGUGCGGCAAGUCGGGAUACAUCAAACGUGAUUGUCGGGCGAAGGUGGUGUGUCAUCGUUGUGGGAGGCCAGGUCAUAUUAGACCAAAUUGUCAGAUUAUUGACUCUGGUUGUUCUCAUCAUGCUACUGGAAAUUCUCUUCUCUCUGAGGUACGUACACAUCAUGGAAGAAGAGUCAUUGCGACGGCCGAUAAUUCCUUACAUCCCGUUGUUGAAGAAGGACGUGUUAAUGUUGAGAAUGAUGCUCCAAAUAUUGGUGGUAUUUCUCUUGAAGAUGUUUAUCAUGUUCCAGGCUUGAAGAAGAAUCUGGUUUCGGUCUCUCAGAUUACCGACUCUGGGAGGUACGUUCUUUUUAGUCCAGAUGGUGUGAAAAUUGUUUCUAAUAUUAAGUAA